GCUGUCCACAACCCUCCGUCUACUUUCGCGACUGCGUCACUGAGAACCGAUUCUUUUAGAGGCGGAGCUGACGAGCGGCCGCGCAGCUUCGAGGUCUCAUCAAAGAAUAUGCCUGGAAAAGACGCUGGCUCUUCGGUCAAUGCAUCACAUGCCUCGUCUCAGCGGCAAGAUAUUGGCAAUGCACCCAGCUCACCCAUACCGGAGCUCCCUCCAGGGCCACAUGCCAUGGAUCGAGGUAGAUCGCGAGUGCCCAGGCCCUCAAUGAAUUCCACUCCCGAACACGAUCUGCUCAGACGCAGGGGAUACCACGCUCUGCACUCUUCGUUCGGGAAGGUAUUCCAGGUCAAAAGACGAUGGAAACUCAUUCGGGAAAUGGGCUCGGGCGCGUAUGGCCAUGUUAUCUCUGCGGGCGACGAAAUCACAGGAGAAACGGUUGCAAUCAAGCUGGUGUCCCGUGUGUUUGACAAAGUGCAGUUGGCAAAACGAGCUCUGCGAGAAAUCACACUUCUCCGCCACUUCACUGGCCAUGCGAAUAUCACCGGACUGAUAGAUGCUACGAUGAUCUCCCCCGACUCGAAUGAAAUGUCCGUCCCGCCAUCCUCUUUGUGUCAUCUGAUUUAUCGUGUGCUAGCUAUAUCUUCAUGGAGGUACGAUGCACGGGCAGCUGUGCAGCAGGACACUGAAUUCGGUCUGUCACAGCCUAUGGAAGCGGACCUGCACCAGAUUAUCAAGUCUGGGCAGACACUGACUAACGAGCACGUGCAGUAUUUCGUGUAUCAGAUUCUACGAGGCAUGAAGUACAUCCACUCGGUCGAUGUGAUCCACCGGGACCUGAAGCCUGGGAAUCUUCUCGUGAACGCUGAUUGCGAACUGAAGAUAUGCGACUUCGGUUUGAGCCGAGGUUUCGAGAACGCGUCUCAUCUGACAGAAUAUGUGGCAACACGAUGGUACAGAGCUCCAGAAAUCAUGCUCGGCUUUCGAGAAUACGACACAGCGAUUGAUGUAUGGUCUAUCGGGUGUAUCCUCGCGGAGCUUCUUUCGAGUCAGCCGUUGUUCAAAGGCAAAGAUUAUGGUCUGCUCGUUCUUCGUGUUCAUCCGCUACCACUUAUGCAAGGAACUAGUGGAUCAGCUGAAGAAAAUUCUCGACGUACUCGGUAUUUAACAGUUCCAUCUUUGGUGGAUUCUGCUCAGCGCGUUCAUUCAGGCUCACCGGAAGAGACAGUUUUGCAAAAGAUUGCGAGUGAGAAGGUCCGAUCUCGCUCAGUACAUCGGAAACUCGAUUUUGACAACUCUCAGGCGCGAGCUUAUGUGCGCUCUUUGCCCAUCAGCAAGAAGCGUCCUUUCUCGAAGAUCUUGCCCACGGCAGAUGUGCAAGCAAUCGAGCUCUUGCAGCACAUGCUUACAUUCAGCCCUGAAUCCCGGUACAGCGUGGCUCAAUCACUGGAGCAUCCCUGGUUAAGCGGGUACCAUGAGCCGGAUGAGGAGCCAGACUGCAAGGUCCCGUUCGACAAGUGGAGGACGAUCGAGCGACUGGACACCUUGGAAGAUCUGCGCCUUGCACUGUGGAACGAGAUCCAAGACUACCGCAAGGAAGUCCGCGGCGGGAUCGAUGAUGAAGACGACGAGGUCGCCAGCGAGGAAGCCGACGAGGAGGUCCUCCAACUUGCCGAGGGUAUCUCAAGGUUACCGGUCGAAGAAACGUUCGCCUCUGAACCGGAGCCUGCCCCAAUCCCUGAAGAAGAAGGAGAGGAGGAAGACCAGGCGGCAAAGACCGAACCUGUACCCGAACCAAUAUGGCCGCCUCCGCCGCCACCUCCAGCCGAUAAAGUCGUGCAGCCCACGGAUCCAGUGGCGUCUUAUGCUCGAAGGUCGAGCAUCAUGCAACCCACCAGACAAGGAUCAAUAUAUGGCUCGCCACGACCACCGUCACAACAGCCGUCCUUCACGGAGAGUCCCCAAACGGCAGAGCCAACACAGGGAGGAAGCUCCAUCGCGUUCCCCUCACAGGGUUACGUCAUCCCCGGUGCCCGGUCACGAACAGGUUCGACAGUUGGGCGAGGAGAGGGCAGAAAGUUGCUGCGGACUCUCAGUACUGUUUCCAUUCACGAAAGUGCUGAAGGUCUCGCCGGCGGGCUUGGCGACAUUGCUCCCAUCGGCCGAUAUAUUGUGGAAAGCAAUCCCUCUGAAGCCGAUGCCCCUGUCUCGGAAAUGCCCCGGAUUCUGGAGGACGAGGAACGCAAAGGCAAAAAGGAAGGCGGAGGAUUUUAUAUCUGAGGAAGGACUACAUAUUUUGCUAUGCUUUGCUUUGAUUAGAAUAGUUAACGAAGGUGCGACUGAUCUUCUAGGAUCUCUUUGAGCCCUGCGAGAGUGUUUUAGAACGCAAAUUGCAAGAGACGCAGCCAACGCACGAUCUAUGAUAUCGAGGUAGGCGAUGCUGGCUGGGCUGUCUGGAUAUUCAUCUAGGAAGCUGACACCGUAAUCGGCACUCUUUCCAAUGCGUGGAUCGAGAGGGACGGAGCCUAGUAACUCAAUGCCCAUCUCUUCAGCCAACCGUUUCCCACCACCCGUCGUUGGUUUGAAUAUCUGCGAUUCAGUCUUACAAGACGGGCAGACGAACCCAGCCAUGUUCUCGACCAGCCCCAGAAUCCUCACUCCAACCUUCCGACAAAAGUCGAUCUCCCGCCUCACGUCCUGCAGCGCAACCUCCUGCGGGGUAGUCAAAAGAACAGCACCAGCAAUCCCACUGUCUUUGAGAAGCUGCACUACACUCAAGUGCUCGUCCGACGUCCCAGGAGGUGUAUCAACCAGCAGAUAGUCCAAUGGGCCCCAGUCCACGUCCCGGAGAAACUGGGUUAUUAGCCCAUUCUUCUUCGGGCCGCGCCACAUGAUAGCAGAAGUCGAGGAGGGGAGCAUGCAGCCCACGGAGAUGGCAGCGAGAUUGUCCUGUACGUAGAUGGGUGACCAGCCCGAGGCGGAGGCAUGCACCUGCUCGGACUCAAUUCCGAGGAUGGUUGGUAUCGAUGGUCCGCAGAUGUCAACAUCCAUGAUUCCGGUCUCACAGGAAAAGUUCGGUCUGGGCAUGUGUGUGAGAUGACUGGAACGCACUUGUACUGACUCGUCUGCUGCGAACGCCCACGCCAGUUGCGACGUGAAGGUGGAUUUGCCUACUCCGCCCUUGCCCGACAACACCAGAAUUUUAUUUCUGACAGUGGACAUGCGUUCGGUGAUCAGAGGCAGAUUUGGAUCCUCUUGCUUUGGAAGGUUGGAAGCGCAGAUAGCUUGGUUGUCGCAUCCAGCACAAGCGUCUACUUUGCCUGCCAAUUCAGAAUCGGUCCCCUAAUUAUGCGUUCAUGAGUGUCUGAUGAGAAAAGCUAUAUAGUAACAGACAGGACAGUGCUCGGGCGCAUUGUCUGGAACGAAAUCUGGCGCUUGGACCAUGAGAGUAGUUGACUAAGAGCAAUAUCUGCACUGCCACCGUGGCUAAGUCGAUCGCAUCGAUCAUAACUUGUAACUUUUCAACCAUGUCAGAGGGCGACGAUCUCGACCUCGAUUCGAUGUUUCCUGAAGAACGACCACCAUCUCCCGAGCCUACAAUUGUUGUCUACCGACGAGAGAAGGUUGCGCUAGAGCCGGACUGGCACGAACUACAAAUACAACUGGUAGGUUCACAUCCCUUGUGGGGCCAUUACUUGUGGAAUGCGGCAAGAGCGUUCGCAUCCUAUAUAGACUCGGACCCGAAGCGGUACGCCGGGUCCUAUGUUUUGGAGCUCGGUGCUGGGGGUGGGUUACCGGGGCUGGUGACAGCGCAGAAUGGUGCGAAACAUGUUCUGCUCACUGAUUAUCCAGACCCGGCAUUGCUGAAAAAUCUGGAAAAGAACGUGGAAAAAGCUCAGUUGCAAGCUCGAGUAUCUGUUAAGGGCCAUAUCUGGGGGCAUCCUGUCCAACAGUUGCUCGAAGUAGCGCCAUCUGGAUUCGAUUACCUCCUGCUCUCAGACUUAAUCUUCAAUCACUCUCAACAUGCCGCGUUGUUGGAGACUUGUCAAGCGGCUCUGAAGAAAGAGAACGGGCGAGUUCUCGUCUUCUACACACAUCAUCGCCCACACCUUGCGGCACGAGACAUGGACUUUUUUGACAAUGCGCGCGAGCAGGGCUGGAUCUGUGACAAAGUGGUCACGCGGCGCUAUCCACCCAUGUUUCCUGAAGACCCAGGAGAUGAAGAAGUCCGGGCGACAGUCCAUGGAUGGGAGAUGUACAAAUUGUAAUAGUACCAGCAGUAGCCGGACAGAGACCCAUUUUUUUUGUUUCGUCAACGUUGGUGGAGAGUGUGUGACUCCGUUACCAGUGACAAGUUACUGUCAUCGCAGACUCCUUAUUGCUCCCUUCGCCGUCGCAGCCGACAACCACGAACUCAGUGCUGGCGCCCUACGGAUGACGCCCGACGCCAGCCAGCUUGGUCCCGGCAGAAUAGGGACCUUCCAGUCUACCCAACAGUCCUACAAUCAACCCCAACCAGAACCGGCUCGCUCACCCAGGUCACGCCCGCCCUUUCCGUCUCCUACAGCCCCACCCCUCAGCCCCGGCAGGCCGCUGGAUCGCUCGAUUCCAAUCCGAGCUAGCACCACGGGCACCGAAUCCGAUCGUGGUCCCAUGCUAGCAUACGACAUCCCUCCGCAUGCUCACAGCGAUGACCAUUCUCCUUCUCCACCAAUGUCCUCUUCCCCGCGAACGGUCGCUUCUUUGCUAACCUCUGGUGGAGGUAGUCGCCCGACGACGCCAGCGGGAUCGAGCAAGCAGGGACAGCCAUCAGUCGAGAUGGGGCUCGCACGCAGUAGCAGCAAUGGGUCUUUCAACUCAGCCCAUUCAGGCGCGUCAAACAACUCGGGUGGACCGCAACCAGGUGCGCCAUCCUCCAUCACGUCCAACAGCGUCUCCACCGCAAUGUGCGCAUCUUGCGGAAAGCCUAUGCAAGGCCCGUUUGUUCGAGCCCUUGGCACAGUCUUUCAUCUGAAUUGCUUCAAAUGCUUGGAUUGCGGUGACGUUGUGGCCUCCAAGUUUUUCCCCAUCGAGGGUCCGGACGGGAAACAGUCCCCUCUCUGCGAACGUGAUUACUUUCGCCGUCUGAACUUGAUAUGCGCAAAGUGCGGGAUGGCUCUUCGAGGCAGUUACAUCACUGCAUGCAACAAGAAGUUUCACGUGGAACAUUUCACCUGCUCUCUCUGUUCGACUCUAUUCGGUCCACAAGAUUCGUACUACGAGCACGACAAUGACGUUUACUGCCAUUUCCACUACUCGUCUCGGUUUGCCACGAAAUGUGCCGGAUGCAACUCUGCGAUUCUCAAGCAAUUUGUGGAGAUCAACCGUAACAUGAGGGACGAGUGCUGGCAUCCGGAGUGUUACAUGAUCAACAAGUUCUGGAAUGUGAAAGUCGUUUCAAGGCGACCCAGUAGCGUGGCUGAACUGGAGGGAGUGCCUCAAGAGCCGGAAUACGUCGAGGAGGAGCGCAAAGAAACGCCAUCGUCCCUGAAGGACAAGCAGAUACGGAUGGAGCAACAAGUGUACCGGAUUUGGACUGUCCUAUCGGCCUUCGAAGAGUCGAGCGCAGCGUGCAUCUCGGAUAUGCUGCGGCAAGUGAGCAACGGGCAAUAUCUGGAUGCGAUUCGGAUGGCCGAAAAGUUCAUUCUGCAUGUGGAAGUGCUAUUUGCUACGAUCGAUGAUUUGGAGUAUCAUUUCUAUCGACUGAACAUGAAAGGCAUGUCUCACGUUCGGGAGUCUCGGAUGCUGUGUCGCAAGACCGUUGAACUUUUCACGUUGCUCUCGCACACGCAAGAAACUGGGGCAAGGAGGAUGGGUAUGACACAGGAACUGUUGGCGCUGGUGACAGGUCUUGCGCACUACCUAAAAAUUCUCAUCCGGAUCGCGCUCACUGGCGCACUCAAAUUGGAGCGGGAGAGGAGUGCUGAGGAAGCCAUGACUUCGUUCCUGGACAAACUGCAUCUGCUUGCCGUGCAAGGCGGCAAUCCUAGUGCACGGCGGAUCAUCAAGGGACACAACGGCGAGACCAUGCAGCAGUCCUCUUCUGGCAACGUCGGCACCCAGGGUGUGACCUAUGGUUUUCGCAGUCUGGCACCGGAACAUGCCGGUGACUCACCCUUUGCUCCGGGUGCUGGCAAGUCUGUCAGCCGUCUUCCAUCAGACUUGUGUGUCAAAUGCGAUCAGACGGUGGAGGAAGAUUGUGUGCGACUAGGCACCUACCAGCGCUGGCAUUCGCAUUGCAUCCAGUGUGCUGAGUGUGGAAAGACGGCGGCCGUCCCUCUGCCAAAGGAGAAAGAAAAGGAGCGCGACGUCGCUGAGGAUGGAGCCCCGCCUUCGAAACCGAGUUCCGCCCGACGACCGCCGGCCAAUGUCAAUGCCUUCGUGUUCGAAGUGGGCUCCAUGAAAGAGACUUCCUCAUUUGGGGAAGUUCCCACAGUGAUCUUAUGCACAGAACAUGCUCGUCCUGGUUGUCGGGGAGGUUUCCAACCCGUGCAGCGGCUCGAGCAGUAUUCGUUCCUCCUGAAUGUUGCUCUGCGGCGGUUGUACCUGUUGCUGAAGAAGCAAGGCGUCGUUCCGCUAUCUCCAGACACCGCAACAGGCCCUGCACUCCCAGCCCCCGAGUCUGAUCCGUACAGGAACUCAGCUGACAUAAUGCGGAUGAAGUCCGUGCAUCUGGAUCGCAAGCUGUCGGCAACGGCCCGGCUUCCAAAGCGAUCUACCAUAGUGGAAAGUCCUGCCGGACGGAGUGCGCCUUCAGAGGUCCUUUCAUCUCAGAAGACGCAGGAACCGACGGCUCAGCCAUCUCAACCUCAGCAACAACCUCCACCGCAGGCACCGCAGGCACAAUAUGGCCAGCAGGGGCAAGUCUCUCAGCGGUCACCUUCACAGCCGAGCAGUCGUGCUGUCAGACCCCAUCUAGGUCAGAUGCCCACUGAUGGUGGGCUUGCGCCUGGUGGACAGGUUUUGCGACCUGCCUUCGCUCGGAAUAACACAGAGGUCAUGAUCGUUGACGACAGCGCGCCUAACUCACCUGCUGGCGGAGAAGAGCAACGGGGCCCACCGACGAAGCUGGACAACGGGAUCACCCUCGCGGAUAUUCCUCAGUUGAUGGAGGUUGCCCAGGCCAGAGAGGAGCGAAGGUCACUUCCUCGGGAAAGCGCCAUCCCCUACAUUGCGGAGCUAAGCGCUUUAGAGCUAGCCAUCGUUAAGCAUGCUGCUCUCUUGGCUUUGCAUCGCUCAGCGCUCAGAGAUCAGUUUGAUCUUGAUGAACUCAUUGAGCUCGUUGAGACGAAGAAGGGCGGGUUCUGGAACAAGCUUUUCAAGGCAGGCGACAAGAAGAACGUCAAGAAGAAAGGUGUAUUCGGCAUCCCUCUCGAGUUCUUAGUGGAAAGAGACGGCUCCGACUCUCUUCUCGGUGCAACUAGAGAAACGAUGAGGGUUCCCAGCUUCAUCGAUGACGUGAUAUCAGCUAUGCGGCAGAUGGAUAUGUCAAUCGAGGGUAUCUUCCGCAAGAACGGCAACAUCAGAAGACUGAAGGAUCUGACCGAGGCAAUUGACCGGGAUCCUGCUUCUGUCGAUCUUACGACAGACAACCCCGUCCAACUGGCUGCUCUGCUCAAGAAGUUCCUUCGCGAUCUACCCGAUCCUCUCAUGACAUUCAAGUUGCACAGGCUGCUUAUAGCAUCGCAAAGUUUCUCUCUCGAGUCAGACCGAAGGAGGAUGCUUCAUCUUGUUGCUCUGUUGAUGCCCAAAAGCCAUCGGGACACUAUGGAAGUACUCUUUGUGUUUUUGAAAUGGGUGGCAUCUUUCGCACACAUGGAUGCUACCACGGGGAGCAAAAUGGACUUGGGCAACCUUGCUACUGUGAUUUGCCCCAGCAUUCUAUAUUCUCGUGGCCGGGACGCUAUGCGAGACGAGAGUUUUGGGGCGAUCAGGGUUGUGACGGCAUUGCUGGAGAAUCAGGACGAGUUCUUCACCGUGCCGGAAGAAUUCUUGCCCAUCCUCCACGAUCAGGAAUAUUUCGCCAACUCUAUGGAACUUCCUGGGAAGGAAUUCCUGAAGAAGGUCGACACCUACAUGAAGCUCAAGGCGGGCUCGUCAGGUCGACCUCCGAAUGCCAAUCUUCCGUACAACCCAGCUCAGAACGGGAGCAACCCGCGCUUCAAUGCUCCGACUUCACCGGUC